UUAUUGUGACAGACGACAGCUGAUUUUUGUGUUUGUUUCCAAUUGUGAAAUUAACGGGACUGCAAUUGUAUCUUUUAAAAAUGCUGGAAGCUCGUUUGGGUGAAACUUUGCUGCUGAAGAAGAUUGUGGAGGCGCUGAAGGAAAUUAUAAGCCAAGGCACACUGGACUGCAGCGAUACGGGCUUUCAGCUACAAUCCAUGGACAACUCACAUGUGUCGCUCGUGGCUUUGUGCUUGCAAAGGGAUUGCUUUGAGAAGUUUCGUUGCGAUCGCAACGUCUCCCUGGGACUGGACCUCAAAUCCCUCGCCAAGGUGCUCAAGUGUACCAAUAGCGACGACACAGUCACAAUCAGUGCAUCCGACAAUCCCAGUAAGGUGCUCCUCAAUUUCAAUUCAAAAGAGAGCGAGCGAAGCGCUGAAUAUGAAUUGAAAUUACUCAAUUUGGAAGAAGAUCACUUGGGCAUUCCUGAUACCGACUACGCCUGCACCAUCCUGAUGCCUUCAACCGAGUUUGCCCACAUCUGCCGGGAUAUGGCCAUGUUCAGCGAGACCGUGACGAUAGCGUGCUCCAAGCAGGCCGUCAAAUUCUCUGCAAACGGUGACUUGGGCUCGGCCAACAUAAAACUGAGUGAGGGCGGCAAAAUGAAUGUGAGCAUCCAGGUGGAGGAUCAACUGGUACAGACCUUUGCCGGGCGCUACCUCAACACCUUCACCAAGGCCACCCCACUAGCUGAUCGUGUUAAGAUUUGCCUGGCCGCCGAAGUUCCGCUGCUGGUAGAGUAUCCCAUAGAGGAUUUUGGAUAUAUUCGCUACUACCUUGCGCCCAAGGUGGACGAUGUCGACGUGUAAUAAAUCUUUAUAUUUAAUAUUUAUACAGGGCCUGUCAAUACGCAUUAUUUGUUAUCUAAUUUUAUGUUCAACCAGAUACUUUAUUUAAAUCGAUUUAAAAUAAAAAAUAUACAAUUGAAAA